ACUAAUGUUGGCCGACUGCCUGCUUCAGUCCCCACUGAAUUCAAGAACGAGUCGGACGGAAGCGGUAGCCGCCUCCGAAAUACAAAAAUACAAAAUAAUAAAUACGCGGCGCCCAAUAUUCGCGACGGCAGUUCUACUUAUAAUCUUAAAAAUAAUACAAAAUAUAUAAAUACAAUAUUGUUGGAAUAAUUCUAUCGCCGAGAGUGAGCGAGAAUUGAAAUGAUGUGGAAAAAGUGUCGAAUGAUUUGAGUGUGCAAGCCCAAUACCAAAACCAAAGCCAAACCAACGAUAACUAAAUCUUUUAGCAUUAAGACCAAGAACAGUUUUUAAGCAUCUCUAGACCAUGUCUCAGACACAGAGCCCCACGCCCAGCACGCCGCCUGCGUCGCGUAGGGCGCACAGACCGCCGCGGAUAAAUAUCCACAAUCUGAACAGUGGCUCGGCGAUGGGCAUGAGCCAUGGGUCGAUGCCGCCCAGUGCCCAGCCGCCGUACACCGCUCAGACAAACUACACGGGCAAUGGCACACAGGGUCCGUACUGGCCGCCAGUGGCGAAUCCAUUUGGCUCUGGCAACUUUAUGACCAAAGGCUACGAGGGCUUUCUCGAUCUCACCAAGUCGGGGAUGAGUUUCGGCGAGAAGUUCACCUACAGCAUGUACAACAAAUUCAGCAGGUGGUCCAGGAGCUGGUUCACCCACAUGUUCCUCAUAGUUGUCCUCGCACUCUACAGCGUGGGCGGUGCGCUGAUCUUCCAAGCAGUCGAAGUGCGACAGGGAACUCUCGAGAAACUGGAACUGCAGGGACUCCAGAAGCAGUUCUUUGAGGAAAUGCGUGACAUGACAAGAAAUUCCCAGCUUAAUUCGUUGUCCAAGACCGACUUUGAUAGCCAAGUGCUGCGCAUCAUGAACAACCAUCCGUCCGUGGUGGAGUCACUGCUGCGGAACGGACUGGCGGAGAAGGCGGAUCCCUGGUCCUUCUGGAACGCCAUGGUCUACAGCUGCACCAUCUACACGACCAUAGGUUACGGCCACAUAACACCCAAGACAAGGCUGGGACGCUCCCUGACUAUCAUCUAUGCCAUCAUCGGCAUUCCCAUGUUCCUGAUCGUGUUGGCCGAUCUGGGCAAGCUCUUCACGCGCUGCGUCAAGUUCCUCUGGGCCUAUGUGCGCCGUGUGUACUACACUCGCUCCUGCCGCCGCAUCCGGAAACAGCAGCAGAUCCGUGACGCGAUGACCGGCUUCAAUACGGUCUACGACAUGGCCAUGCGGCGGCCCAGCAUGUUUUUCGGGAAGUCGGCGGAGGAGGAGGCCGAGUCACAGCCAGAUGCCGAGGCGGGCAGGUCGUUGGGCACAUCGCACCCGGAGACACCCACAUCGCCGUAUCCGGAAACCUACGAGGUGGACGAUGAGUUCAAUCUGCCCGUUUCGGUGGCCUCCCUGCUGCUCAUCUCCUACAUCCUGCUGGGCACGGCCGGCUACGUUAUGGUGGAGUCCGACUGGGAAUUGCUGGACUCUUUCUACUAUGUCUUCAUCUCGAUGUCCACCAUCGGCUUUGGCGACCUGGUGCCCAGCAAUCCCUUCUAUGUGAUGGUCAGCAUGAUAUACCUGAUUUUCGGCCUGGCCCUCACCUCCAUGUUCAUCAACGUGGUGCAGAUCAAGCUGAGCGACCACUUCAAGCGGGCCAGCGCCAAGGUGGGAGCCACAAUCGGCAUGGGCAUGGCCAGCGAGUUCGGGGACGAGGGCGGCAGCCAGCUGAAGACCCCCUCGGAGCUUGCUUCGGUGCACGGCUCGCGACUGGACCGCAUCGAGGAGGAUGGCCAGGAGCCAUCACUGGCUUUGAAUGGCUCCGGAACCAGUCCGCCGCCCCUGACAUCCAUCCUGCGCACACCUCGGCCACUGUCGCCAAUGGAUUUUAAUGGAGGUCAGUCUGUGGAUGUUAGUUCUCCGCCACCGCCGCUGAUGCCCAAGCGCCAAGUGUCUGUGGAUCCACCGCCGCCAGCGGAGGGGGAGAAGAAGAAGAAGAAGCACAGAUUCUUCUAGAACUAUUCGUAAAAGUUCUGAGAUCGUGAGAGUCGCCGGAACCCGACCUCCCUAACACCUCAUAAAUGACAAGGAAAUUUCAAUCGAAUUAACAGUUACGUUACAGACACAUUUUUAUGAAUUUGUUAUUUAAUUGUAGUUCCCAUCAAUUUAGGCUAAGAUUAAUGUUAAUAUUAUAAACAACAGGAGUUGCCAAAAUA